AUGGCGGCGGGCGGCCGUAGGUGGUUCCGUACUCUGGCGCUCGGCGUUUCCUUCCUUAAGUGCCUCCUCAUCCCCGCCUAUUAUUCCACAGAUUUUGAAGUACAUAGGAACUGGCUCGCCAUCACUUACAACUUACCCAUCUCUCAGUGGUACUAUGAAGCAACUUCAGAAUGGACCCUGGAUUAUCCACCUUUUUUUGCUUGGUUUGAAUAUGCACUUUCCCAUGUUGCCCAGUACUUUGACCCCAAGAUGUUGGUUAUUGAAAAUCUAAACUACACCAGCCAGGCAACCAUCCUCUUCCAAAGGUUCUCUGUCAUCUUUACAGAUCUCGUGUUCAUAUAUGCAGUUCGUGAGUGCUGCAAGUGCAUGAAUGGGAAGCGAGCUGUAAAGAAUACCCUGGAAAAGCCAGCAUUUAUUCUUGCUGUUCUGCUGUUGUGGAAUUUUGGGUUGUUAAUUGUGGAUCAUAUUCACUUCCAGUACAAUGGCUUUCUCUCUGGGCUGAUGCUCCUUUCUGUUGCCCGAAUAUGUCAGAAAAGAUACUUGGAGGGUGCCUUUUUUUUUGCCCUCCUUCUGCAUUUAAAGCACAUCUACAUGUACGUGGCCCCAGCAUAUGGCAUUUACUUGCUGCGAUCCUAUUGCUUUACUGCAAACAACGCAGAUGGAUCCCUGAAGUGGAGAAGUUUCAGCUUUCUUCAUGUGUCUCUUCUGGGAUUGAUUGUCAGUCUCAUUUCUGCUCUUUCAUUGGGCCCCUUCAUAGUACUGGGCCAGCUGCCUCAAGUCCUUCACCGGCUUUUUCCUUUCAAGAGAGGUCUCUGCCAUGCUUACUGGGCCCCCAACUUCUGGGCUUUGUACAACGCUGUGGAUAAAGCACUAACCAUUGUUGGUUUAAAGUGUAAUGUGCUUGAUCCCACACAAAUUCCUAAAGCCUCAAUGACAGGAGGGCUGGUUCAAGAAUUUGAACAUACUGUCCUCCCUUCUGUGACUCCACUGGCAACAUUAAUCUGUACUUUCUUAUCUAUAUUGCCCUCUGUUUUCUGUCUUUGGUUUAAACCUCAAGGGCCCAGAGGCUUUCUGCAGUGCCUUGUUCUUUGUGCAUUGAGCUCCUUCAUGUUUGGCUGGCACGUGCAUGAAAAAGCAAUACUGCUUGCUAUUCUGCCCCUAAGCUUGUUGUCUGUCCAGAGAGCAAAGGAUGCUGGCAUCUACUUGAUUCUGACAACCACAGGGCACUUCUCACUUUUUCCAUUGUUGUUCACAGCAGCAGAACUUCCAAUUAAAAUACUGCUUAUGCUGCUGUUUACUGUUUAUAGCUUCUCUUCGUUGAAAUCUCUGUUCAGGAGAGAGAGGCCUCUCCUUAACUGGCUUGAAACAAUCUACCUCAUCCAACUAGUGCCUUUGGAAAUCUUCUGUGAAAUUAUAUUCCCUCUGACCCCCUGGAAACAGCAUUUUCCUUUUGUCCCUCUGUUGCUGACCUCUGUGUACUGUGCUCUGGGUGUCACCUACGCUUGGCUGAAACUCUACAUCUCAGUCCUGACUGAGAGAGUUUCGCUGAAACACAAGGUUGAGUAA